CCCGCCGCCCUCACGGAGCGGGUGGGCGGGACGCCUCGCUCGGCACCCAUUGGCUGCAGGACAGACUCUCCACCCUAAUGAGAGAGUGAGGUGGUGCCGCUUAUUGGCCGAGAGCCGUGAUUGACAGGAGUGUGGGCCUAUGGGAGCGGCGGGCAGGGCGGCGCCCCCGGACGCGGCGUGCGGCAGGGUGCCAUGGCCGGCGGGGCCAUGGCGGAUGGUGGGGAUUCGUUUCGCGCUCUGCUCCGUGCCGCCAACGCGCUCCUGCAGCAGCGCCGCUACCACGCCGCGCUCGCCGUCAUCAAGGGCUUCCGCAACGGCGCCGUUUAUGGAGCCAAAAUCCGUGCCCCACACGCCCUGGUGAUGACUUUCCUGUUCAAGAGUGGAAGUUUCAGGGAGAAGCUGAAGUCCAUUGCCCAGGCCACGUACACCCACUCCCGGAACCUGGCUUAUUUCGUGUUCACCUACAAGGGGCUCCUGGCAGCCCAGUCCCGGCUGCAGGGGAAAAAAAUCCCAUUCCAUUCCUUCCUUGCAGCCUGCAUUGGGGGCUGGCUGGUGUUUGGUGACAACAAUCCCAUCAACAGCCAGAUCAUCAUGUACCUGCUGUCCCGCAUCCUCUUCGGGCUGGCCCGGCUGGCUGUGGAGAAGGGCUACAUCCCACAGCCCAGGCAGGAUCCCUUCCCUCUGCUGGCUGCCCUGGUGUGGGGGACAGUCCUGUGGCUCUUUGAAUACCACAGGGACACACUGCAGCCCUCCCUGCAGUCCUCCAUGACCUACCUGUACGAGGACAGUGAGGUGUGGCACGACGUGUCUGACUUCCUCAUUUACAACAAAAGGACAGACAGCAAGUAGGUGCUUCCCUCUAAACCACCUUGGAAUGGGAUGGGACCUCCCAGCAGCUGGGGUAAAAGGUAUUCUGUUGCUUUUGACCAGUGAUUUUUUAAAAUUAACAUCUGUCAAGCAGAGUUGGCUCUUGUCUGCAGGCCAGAAUGUUCUGAUCAGUUUUUUGGCUCCUUUUAGAGCAAGCUCACCCCCCACAGAAACUUGUUGCAGUCUGUUUUUAAGAGGCCUUAUUUUCCCUACAAGUGUGGCAUUGGGGUUUGUUCUUUAAAAACUAAAUAUAUUUAUAAAAUGACAUCCUGACACAAAGUGGAGAGUAUGAAAACAUGUUCUAGGGCUCAUCUGAAUGUUUACAAGUGGUUUUUUCUGUGCUCACUGUGGUGUGUUUGAGGGUGAAGGGAGUGGGGGACCUGCUGAGCUCUGAGAGCAGGGCCAUCAUUUCUUCAUUGCUGUAGAUGGCUGAGAAUCCUGUGUAAACUAUUGUAAGGACAGUUAUGUGCUCCUUGAGAGAAUUCCUUUGCAGUUUUCCCUCAGGGAGACAAUAAAAUGUGAGACUAGAACUGUUAGGAUUGUCUUGUACCAGCCUGGUAAAUCAGGCUGCAAAGACUAUUUUUGCUUGGUUUCUUUCCUGCACUUAGGCUGAAUCUGUGCCUCUAUAAAGUGCACUAAUGAAUACCCUGUAAUUAUUUUAAACUUGUUUGUAAAGCUUUUAAAAGCUGCUUGAACUAAAUACCAAAAACAGUUACACAACUUGGGCUCCUCUAUGACCAGGCCUCAGAUCUCAUGCUGGGGAUUUUGUGUGUCCAAGGGAGCAACAUUUCCCAAGCACUUUUAUUUAUUUUAUUUUGGUGGAGCAUGGCAAGGGUUUCUCUGAGGUCCAGAGUCUGCCCUCCACAGCAGUGGAAUGUGUCAGCUGUAACCAGAUUUGAAUCUGAUUUUGUACCUGUAGUUUGUGCAGGCUUAAUGGAUUAAUUUAAUGGAUUAAUUUAUUAAUUAUCUUCCUCUCAAAAACACUCUGCUGAGCCCCAGGACAGGGCAGCACACCCUGGGUUAUGGCAGAAGAUAGCUGAGAAAGCACAAAAACUGGUUUAAUGAAUCAAUGAAUAAAUCAAACUCCUCAUAGUGCAAAGCACUACACAAUUCACUCAAUGAUGCGCAGUGAAAUAAUUCCUGCCACGCUGCUUUGAUGUGGUGAAAUUUCCAAGAGAAUCAUGAAAUUCCCUGCUCCCUUUUGGCUCAGUUGGGACUGUUUGGUUCACUUUCCCUGUAUCCACCUGCUUUUCCCUGACCUGCCCAUGGCAUUUCAUAAUCCUGCUGAUGAUCUCUUCAUCAUCCUUGGAACUCUUUACCCUCCAGGCUCUGGCAGUUUCUCCUAUUCAAUGGUACAGGUGAAAUGGUACAUUUAAUUUCAGCGAGCUUCUGAGUGGAAAAAAAAUCUCAAUUUCUUCUUAAGUCAUUUUUCCUUGUCCUCUAACCUCCUUUAUUACUGCUGCACAUAUUCAGAGUCCUCCUUGCUCUUUAUUUUUCCAUUUUUCUUUGUCCAUGCAAAUCCAUGAUGUAAUGGUGCCCAAAAACCAAGAUACUUCUUUGUCAUAAUAAUUCUCUAUCAUCCCUUCAACUUCUAAUUUCAUUGCUAACUUCUAAUUAGCUGCUGUUACAGUUUGGACUGAAUAAUUGAAUUGGAAUCUAUCAGACCCCAUGAAAGCUGUAAAAUUAGGAAUUUGGUUUGUUUCUUUUGAUUAAAUAUUUUUCUCUGUAUAGAGAAGCCUAAAGAUUCAAUGCAAAAAAUUGCUGAAGCUACAGGUGAGGUCUGAUUCCUUUAUAAAAAUCUUUCUUUCCACCACUGUUAGGUGUUUGAAGCAUCUCAGUUUUUCUGUCAGAAGCCUCAGUAUUGUUCCAACUAAGAGCAUUUAUAUUCUGCUAAAAUUGCUGAAUUCCUGCAAGCUUUGAUGGGAUUUCAGAAAGCUGACAGCUGUGCCUUGGGAACUGCUCCCUAAAACUAUUAAACUCACAAAUCCUUGACCAUGUGUAAUUAUUGCAGCAAAAGAAGCUGUGGGCUGGGUGUCUCUGAGAAGGUUUUGAUCUUUUAAAUUUGUAGCUUGUGGUUCCCUUAGAGGUGGAAUAACCUUCCUCUGCUGGGCUUUGUACCACUGUGGCUGCUGUGGAAGGACCAGUGGCCUUUCCUGACCUUUUCACACUGCUGUGUCCUCUCCAGAAAAUAAAUCCCAGCCAAAAACCAAUGUCUCAAUCAGCAGUGACCAUGACUUCUUGGUUCAAAACUCCUGUUUUUCUUGGGAAUCUCUCCCUUUCUUAGAAAGCCAUGGCUGAGCCUGCAGUGGAGCUGCCAUCCCUGGAUCCCAGCUCCUGACCUUUUCACACUGCUGUGUCCUCUCCAGAAAAUAAAUCUCAGACAAAAACCAAUGUCUCAAUCAGCCUGGCAGCAGUGACCAUGACUUCUUCUUGGUUCCAAACUCCCUUUUUCUCUUGGGAAUCUCUUCCUUUCUUAGAAGGCCAUGGCUGAGCCUGCCAUGGAGCUGCAAGGGGCAGCUGCCAUCCCUGGAUCCCAGCUCCUGACCUUUUCACACUGCUGUGUCCUCACUAGAAAAUAAAUCCCAGCCAAAACCCAAUGUCUCAGUCAGCCUGGCAGCAGUGACCAUGACUUCUCCUUGGUUCAAAACCCCCUUUUUCUCUUGGGAAUCUGUCCCUUUUCUAAGAAAGCCAUGGCUGAGCCUGCAGUGGAGCUGCCAUCCCUAGAAUCCCAUCUCCUGACCUUUUCACACUGCUGUGUCCUCACUAGAAAAUAAAUCCCAGCCAAAAACCAAUGUCUCAAUCAGCAGUGACCAUGACUUCUUGGUUCCAAACUCCCUUUUUCUCUUGGGACUCUCAAAGGAAGGCAUGGCUGAGCUGCAGGGGGCAGCUGCCAUCCCUGGAUCCCAGCUCCUCCCGGGAUCCCAGCCCCUGGGGCUCUGCUGACCGUUGGUUUUCCUGCUGGGCUGGGCCAGGACGUUAAGCUGCAAGUCACUGCUUUCCCCAGGGAAGUAAUUGGGACAGCUCCUUAAUGACAUCAGCCCCCCUGGCUGUUCCUGGGAGCAGAUAGCUGGGGAUGAGCCCCUUCUGCUGCCAAGGUGUUGGAACAAUGCAGGAGUGUCGUGGGGAAGUGAACUAGAAGUAAUUUGUCUGAGUCAGACUUUUGGGAUAUGUAAGUGACACUCCCUGCCCUCCCCCAGGGCAUUGUCUGGGGAAUGGAGUGCCCUGUUUGGGUUCCCUUUUUAUUAGCAUUAAAAGCAAAAGAAAUAAAGAGACAGUUGGGAAGCCACCUGCAUAUGGCCAAGUGCUUAAGGAUCACAAAGAAGGGUCAUUUUCUCCCUGUAGCCCUGACUGGUUUUGAAUUUUAAGAUGACCAUGGGGUUGUUUGUCUACAACAACUUUAUUUUCCUCCUUGUUAUUUUUUCCUUGACACCUGACUGAUGCUGAGUGUCUCUAAAGAGGAGCAGAGUGUCUCUAUCUUUUCUCAGUUUGUCAAAAGCAAGGAACUCUGGAUAAAAUUGAAGUGUUUAAAAUGAUGCUUCUCCCUCAGAUUUUAAGCCUCUCUUAGAGGCAGUUUUAAAGGUUAAUGAAUCGAACUGAUCAAAAGUUUUCAGCAAUCCUGAGCUUUUCAAGCAGACUGACUAUCCUGGGCUAUUAAUCAUUUAUUUUAUGAAGGAACAAAGCAGGCUCAGGGUUAUUUACUGCUGCUGCCUGCUGCCCUGGCAUACCCACUGUGCUUCCCUUCCCUUUGGAGGACAGCUUGUGUGCUGGGCUGGAGAACCCUUUCCGGGACAAUUGCAUUAUUUAACAAAGGUGAAAAUGAGACAGCUGCCUGACAUUUGGGUUAGGGAAGCUUUUCUGGGCUGUGUUUGAUGCUGGCAGUGAAGGAGAGGGUGUUUGAACCUGUGUUUGGCCAUUCAGUGCUGCAGAGGAGGGUUUGAGGAGGCUGCUGGGAGCUGUGAGCCUGUGUCUGUAAUGGGACAGUGCAUUUGUCCUGGCCACCAUCCCUGUGUCUGUGCAAUACCCAGAGAACUGGCCCUGGUCAGGGCAUUUAUCAGGGAGUUGUGGGAUGGUUCAGGUUAGAUGGGACCUUAAAAACCAUCCCACCCUCUGCCAUGGGCAGGGACACCUUCCUCUAUCCCAGGAGGCUCCAAGCCCCAUCCAGCCUGGCCUUGGGCACCUCCAGGGAUGGAGCAGCCACAGCUUCUCUGGGCACCCUGUGCCAGGGUGAGGAGGGUGCAGAGCAGCUUUGAUAUUGGUGCUGUGAGACUUUCCUGCCCUGCUGGAGUAGGUUAAGCUCUGCUUUGGGUGUGGGUGGAAGGGCAGAGAUGAUCCCUGGCUGCUGACAGAGCCCCAAAGCUGCUGAAAGGGCCAACCUGUGCAGAGUGAGCUCUGCAGCCAGUUGGGAGCUGCCAUGGCUGCCUGCAUGGUGCUGCUGGAGCCACCAGAACCCUGUGCAGAUCCCUCACCCAGGAGAAGCUGCUGGGAAGCUCCAGCUCGUUUUCCCUGCAUCAGCACAAAGGUGACCUUUGGUUAAUACCCCGAGCUGUGUGUGUGUGCUGCUCCCUGUUUGUCAGGCUCUGUUUGUCUCCCUGGCUCAUGGCAGCCUGAAGCUGAAUGUGUUUUCUGAAACCCAACAGAUAGAUAAGGGAGGAGGGGAAAUAAGGCAUCAUGUCUGUCUGCCACUGUUAAUAUUUUUGGGGUGUUAAUCUUGAGUUUUCAACCUGUGUGUUCCUACCAGAUUGGUGGAGGAGGUACCUUUUUUCUUUACUUAGAAGAAUUUUCAUGUCUCUGCUGGUGAGGAGGGAGAAAAACAAACUAAAAGCUCUAGAAUACAGGUAUUAUUACCUCUGCCUUUGAGAUAUAUUUUGUAUUCAUAAUUACUGUGUAAUCCAGGCCCUGAUUUUUCUGACAGCAUAGAAUAAAAUCAAGAACAUAAACUCAGGUAACUUAUGUGACACUGAUCAGAAUGCUUGUAGAAAUAUCUCGGAUUUUGGGUUUAAAACAAUAAAAAGAGAGGGCUGGGGGUUGUUGAUGUGGCUCUGUCCACUAUGAAUCACCUUCUUGUGGCCAUUAGUUCUGUAUAAUCACUCUUUGAAUAUUACAAUACUGUACUUUGUCUACAAAUAAAAAUCCUAAUUUUUU